CCUCACAUUUAAUUCAUUUAAUACUGUUAUUACUCGUAUCUCUUCAUACAUAUUUCGAAGAAAUUAUAGAAUGUCACAACGAAUUAUUGAAAUUGAUGGUGCUACAAUGGAAGGAGGAGGCCAGAUUCUGCGAAUGGCUGUUGCUUUUAGCGCACUUCUUAAAAAACCCAUCAAAGUAAAUAAUAUAAGAGCUGGGAGAAGCAAGCCUGGACUAAGACCACAACAUUUAGCUGGGUUGAAACUUGUUCGAGAUUUUACCAAUGGACAACUACUUGGAGCUGAAGUAGGUUCAACUGAAAUUACGUUCUAUCCUGGUGAUAUCCAAGAUGGUAAAUAUUCAGCAGAUACUGGCACAGCAGGAAGCAUAAUGCUGCUAUUUCAAGUAUCUUUUCCAUGUUUAUUAUUCGCUGGUGGUACUUCUAAAUUACAUUUUACUGGUGGUACUAAUGCUGACAUGGCACCUCAGAUUGACCAUACAUUAAUGGUAUUCAAACCAAUAGCUGAACUAUUAGGUGCAAGAUUUGAUUGUAGAAUAAUAAAAAGAGGAUAUUUUCCAAAAGGUGGUGGUGUGGUAGAAAUUACAGUUUAUCCUGUAGAAGAUUAUUUAAAAUCUGUUGAAUUACUCAAUCCUGGAGAAAUCACUGAUAUAACUGGGAUAUCAUUUGUUGCUGGAGUCUUGCCCUUGAAAUUAGCUCAUGAAAUGGCUGAUUCAGCAACUUGUAAUUUGCAGCAGAAAUUCUCAAAAGUGCCAAUAAAAAUUGAACGACUAAAAGAGCCAGCACAUCUAGCAGAAGGGAAUGGCACUGGCAUAGUACUUGUGGCUAAAACCAGUACUGGUUGCCUAAUUGGUAGCGGAGCUUUGGGAAAAAGAGGAGUGACUUCUUCUGUUGUUGGAGCUUCGGCAGCUAAGGAUUUGUUGGAUGAUUGUGAUAGAAAAGCAUGUGUUGACAGCUAUCUUCAAGACCAACUUGUCAUCUUUAUGGCUUUAGCUAAAGGCAUCUCUAAAGUAAAUAUUGGAAAAGUUACAUUGCAUACAAAGACUGCUGUUUUUAUAGCUGAAUUAAUGACAGAGGCAAGGUUUACUUUUUCUGCAGAUGAAACUCAGCAAUGUAUAAUGGAAUGCAAGGGAAUAGGAUUGCAGAGAUAAUGAUCUAUAUGUGGACUUAGCAAUGUAUAUUUAUUAUUAAAUUAAGAAAACUU